AGACUACGCCCACCAAAUUUAACGAUCCAGUCAAGAUCACACUCAUUCGAGUCCGAGUCAAAUGCGUUUUUCGAUACGUCUUCUGAAUCAAUAUCAGAAUCUCCGCUCGCAUCGGAUGAUGAGCUCCUGCAACUAUCUUCGCCCUCCUCCUCGUCCUCAAGCCCCAUAGCUUUAAACAUUCCUGAUGCAGAUGAGCUGUCGCGAGACUUAGCAGCGCUUGCUCAGCUACGCCAAUCUGUGCAGAAAAAUCUUCGUCUUCGACCAAUCCGUUCGUUUAGCAGACUGCCAAAGACUGCUGUUCCAAGUGCCACCGCUAUUCCAUGGCACCAAGAUCAACACCAUCGCCAGCGGCAAGUUGAUUCAGACUCUUCCUCCCAAAAAAGUGCAAGCAGCACAUACCUCACACCCGUUGACAUUCACUUCCCUAGGCCUCCUACCUCAUCUCCCCCCGAACCUCCAAGCCGUGCCCGGAAGCCUCAGCAACGCUCCGUGUCUAUGCCAUCUCCCCGCGUUCCCACUUCUGCUAUGGAUCCUGCUGAAUUACUUAUUCGUCUCGCCUCUCCCACCCGUCCACUCCUCAUCGACACGCGCACUCACGUCGCCUAUGCUGCGACUCACCUUUCAGGAAGCAUUAAUAUCGCCAUGCCGUCCCUAAUUCUUAAGCGCUCAAAACGCACAUUACCAACUUUCGCAUCACUUCGCCAGUUCAUCACCAAUGAUGAGGGAAAGGAAGUGUUCGAUUCCUGGGACAUUGAUGGGGAUGUCGUCAUCGUUCAUGGAGAAGAGACUGAUGAACGGGAGAGAGAUAAUCCAGGCGUUAUUGCAUGGGCCCUGCUUUCAGUUCUUGCACGGUUCCUGAACCCGGACAAGGUUUGGUAUCUUCGCGGAGGAAUUGUAGGUGCUCAACUUCAUGCACGACUCCGAAAGUACAUCGUCAAUGUGCUUCAUUCUCCUCCUUCUCCUUCCAAAGCCUCUUUGCAACUGCCAAAACCACCUAAGAGCGCAAAGGGAAGGGCAUUCCUUCAACUUGAUACCCACAGCGCUGCUGGGCCUAGUAGCAGCGUGCAGAUCGAGCAGGAAGAACAAGAACAUGGAGGCGAAGUGGAAAAACCAGGACAUUCACCUUUACCAAUUAUGCCUGGGCUCUCGCUCACUCUUGACAGCCCUAUGGAUUCUGACCCUCCGCACUCUAAACUCACUUUUCAUCACUCACCUCCCCCACGGAGAUCAGAUACUCUCAACGUUGACAGUAUCAAUGCAAAUGGAACAAGUGAAGCAGGAAACGAUAGCGCGGUCGUUUUCCUCCACCCGCCGCCUGCAUCCCCGUCGCAUCUCACGCUUCUCCAUUCUAAUCACACACCCCCAGCGAGCGCGUUUAACUCGAGCUUCAAUUUCAAUAUCACCAAUGGUAGUUGCCUUGGGAAUACGGGUUCAUCACCACAAAUGCCCAUGACACCAUCUACUGCAAAGCCAACGCCCACAACAUCCACACCCAGUGGCACUCCCUCCGAUGCCGAAAACGAGCGCGAAGAGUUCGUCAUUUCUAUGAUCCUCCCCAACUUCCUCUUCCUCGGCCCAGAACUCAUUUCACCUUCACAUGUCUCCGAAUUACAAUCUCUGGGUGUGAAGCGAAUUAUUAACAUUGCAGCUGAAUGCACAGACGAUCGCGGCCUAAUGCUUCGGGAACGGUUCGAGCGGUAUGUGCAUAUUCCGAUGAGGGAUUGUGUCGAGGAGGAAGGAGUACGUAGGGGGUUGAGUGAAGCCUGUGAUGUGCUUGACGAAGCCGCUCUCUACAACGCACCCACAUAUGUGCACUGCAAAGCCGGCAAAUCACGUAGCGUCACCGCAGUGAUGGCGUACCUCAUUCACAGCCACCACUGGCCGCUGGCACGCGCAUACCAAUUCGUGCUAGAUCGCCGCAAAGGUAUCAGCCCGAAUAUCGGGUUUGUAAGCGAACUCAUGGCAUUCGAGGAAGCAGAGCUCGGACGUAUGACGAAGCCCAAGCCACCUGCCGUAGUGAGUGAAAGUAGUGUUGGCGACGUCGGUGUGGGCACGGGCAGGCGGCCAGCGCAUGUUAGGGAGAGCUUGCCCCCAAUGCCCUCAUGGGACCGUGAGGAGGAGGAAGCAGGAGAGGAAACAGGCCAGGAUAUGGAAGUAAGGGACCGAGAGGGACGGUAUCGACAUGCUAGACGGGCUCCCGUGGAUGAGAACACUUUGCAGCCCAUGAGGCGAGUGAGCAAGGCAGGUCUCGAGAGUGCUGGAUCGAUGAGUGGUGAUGAUAGGGACGAGAUAUGAUGCCACAUAGCUGGAACUAGGUCAUACCCUGCUGUUUUGGUGCAUUGUCGAUGGACCAUUCUCUGAUCUCCAUAUAUAUUCAACGAAUUACCUUAAACCCAAUCAAUGACUUGACUUAUUUCAACAGUCGACCUUGAAAUUGUAUGUUACUGUUGCGUCAAUCCCGACCAAUUGGGUGGAGUU